AUGAUCAUGAACUUGCGGCCGCAGCACGAAAAGCUCCUCAGAGAAAUCUACAAGAGAGAGGGGACAGUUGACGAACAAAAACUCUCCUUCUUCAAGCACUACCUGCAGCAGAAGCCCAUGAAGAUUUCUGAGAGCAUGAACACUCUGAAAGAGUACACGAAAAAGUACGCACAGUCGAACAACUUCGAGAAACACCUGACAACUCUCAUCAUUUCCUCGCAUCUCAUCCAAGACUACUCGAUGUUCUGCACCUCCUUUGAGAUAGCAGCUCUCAAGCUCAUAAAAACCCAUCUGAAGGUGAUAUUCCGGAUGAUGAAAAAGGGCGUGGCAGCGUACCCCACGGGCUUCAUAGACGCGUGUUGCAGCGAGAUAAAAAGAUGCUUUGUUCUUUUCACGUAUGCGGGGACAAGGUGCUCGCAGGCUGAAAGCUUGAGCACGCAAAUAUUCCUGGCCAUAUGCAGCGCAAUAGACAAUGAGUUUACGUGCGAAAGAAGAACACACUUGGAAAAUACAGAGCUGUAUGAGAGAAUUUCAAAUAUCUACGCAGGCAACUGGAGCACUCUGUCAACGAUCAACAUCAAAAAGAAAGAGCUAGACGAAGAGAGAAUGAGCCCUCCGAAGGACCCAGACGACGAGUCGUAUAGCACCGACGCCACAGCAUCGUACAACUUCGCAGAAAUGUCAUAUAAUUACACAGAGGACAAGACUUCAUCGUCAUCAUCUAUUUUUUCAGCAAACGACAAAACAGAGGCUGACAAAAAACAAGAUAAAAAAGAAAUAAGCGAAUCAGCAACAGCAAGACAGCCUGCACAAAAGGACGUGCCAGAGUACAGGGCAGGAGACGGCCUAGCAAAUAGAAUGCAGGGCAUGUCGAUAGCAAAUAGCACAACCUCGCUCAACUCUUUCGCAAUGAAAAAAGAGUUCAUAUCUGCAGAAGGAUUCAUCAUCAAGUCAAGCAGCCAGAACAGGACAGAAUUUAACGACAUGUUUUUCCUCACUCUUUUGUCAAUGGUUAUUAAGACAGCAGGCCUCCUCGUUCGCCACCCAGAGAAAAAGAUCUCCAGCUUGAACAAAGCCCUCAUAAAGGCAGCACCAUUCAACAGAGAGCUGCGUCAGGACAUAUUCAGCAGCUACUUCCAUCUUCUGGCGCCUGCCUCCAUUCUGUCCACAGCUAUUUUUCAGGUACUAGAAAUAGCAAGCGAAAGAGAGAUCGAGAACAUGCACAACAUCAUAUACUACCACAUAAGCACAGACUGCUACUCUGAGAUAAUCCGGCAGGCAAAUGCAAUCCUUGCCUCUCGCAGGUCUAAAAUGUUUGACUCCGCAAAUAACGUAGAGAAGAACAGGCGCACGUACAUUUUCUUGCUGCUGCAGACCGUUUUAUUUGUGAACACGAUAGAGACAUCAAUCCCAACUGCUCAGAUAGCAAAGAGCUUCUAUUUCCUUCUUAGGUCACUAUUUCCAAAAAAAACACUUUUCAGAAAGAUCGUUCUCACAGACGCAGACAUACAGGAAAGAGCCCUUACAGUCAAGUACUUCAAACUGUUUAUAACCAAGUGCCAGGACAAAGAGAACAUGUUCCACUCUCUCCUAAGGCGCUCUUUCCAAAAGGAGGUGGGGAUAGGAACAUCCACUGUUCCGUCUGAUCUAAAGCUGCUGAUUUCAAAAGAGCUGGAGUAUACGGUGAUGCAGCUGGAAAAGUGCACAUCGCUCGGCCUUCUGGAGGUUCUUUUGGAGAUAUCUUCAUCACCGAACCUGCAGUUCAGGGAGUACAUCAACAGCACGCUUGAGCUGAUAAUUGAGAAGGGAAUUCUUGGAAAAAGAUCGCAGUUUGAAGAGCACAAGAGGAUAAGUCUGUUUGCCAAGAUACGCACACAGGCGAUACAGCACGGCGGUCUGUACAUUUCUCUUCUGAAGAAGUCCAUUCCCACAAUCAACAAGUCGGAAAUAAAAACAGUGGCAGGCGUCUUUGCGAUCCUGAACGAGAGCUCAGGCCUGGAAGAGUGCAGUAAAUACGUAGACAUAACAGGAACGAACUACAACAUAGAAGAAGACAACAGGCUGUGCAAGAGAGAAAACAGUGUGCAGGGAAGCAGCAUUCGCUCAGGCACUACUUUUGGUGGUGUACGUAAAAGCUCCAUUAGGCUUUUUGAAAUGUUUAAGAAAUUAAAUAAAUAA